AUGGAUGGAAAUCGACGUUACGCUAAGAAAAACAGUGUAGACACCAGUGCUGGACAUUACAAAGGGUUUGAUAAAUUAUCUGAAACUUUAAAGUGGUGCUUAGACCUUGGAAUACCAGAAGUAACCGUGUAUGCAUUUAGUAUUGAAAAUUUUAAACGGAGCAAGGAGGAGGUUGAUGCACUAAUGGAUUUAGCAAGAGAUAAGUUUAAAAGCUUAUUGGAUGAAAUAGACCAAAUCAAUGAAUGGGGUGUAAGAGUGCAUAUUGCUGGCAGAUUAUCGCUUUUACCGGAAGAUUUGCGAGCCUUAGUAUCCAAAGCCAUGCUGGCUACCAGACACAAUAAUAAACUGAGACUUAAUAUUGCUUAUGCUUAUACAGGUAGAGAUGAAAUCAGUCGUGCAGCGUCACACAUAGUUGACGGAGUGAAGAACAAUGAAUUAAAAGGACAAGAUAUUGAUUCAGAACUUGUCUCACAAACAUUAGAGUUGACGGAGCCCGAGCUGAUGGUUAGAACAUCAGGAGAAGUGAGAUUGUCGGAUUUUAUGUUAUGGCAGGUAUCCAACACAGUCUUAUAUUUCUCAGACGUUUUGUGGCCAGAAUUCACAAUUUGGAACCUAUUAGUAGCGAUCAUCCACUUCCAAAGAUAUGCCCCUCCUCCUAAGGAAGCAAAAUACUUUAGUGGUGAGAAGCAAAAAUUUUUCGAUAAACUUGAAGAUCAAAGGUUAAAACAGUUGGAAAAAUACGUCAGUUGUUGA